AUGAGCUCCACGACCUCGCCUGACGUGGACGUCCAGCGCAGCAGCGCAGACAAGAUGGCGAGCCUGUCCGUCUCCGGAGCGCCCGACCAGGAGCCUCCUGACGAAGGGAUGAGCACGAAUCACAGAUCCACGCGCGACGACAUGGCCAACAUGCGCCGCAUGGGUCGCAGCCAGGAGCUCGUCCGCCGCUUCCACCUCUGGUCCAUGCUGUCCUUUGUGGCGCUCGCGACGGCCGCCUGGGAGCUCGCCAUCUUUGGCAUCUCGCCGGCGCUGGUCGACGGUGGCCACCCGAGCCUGCUCUACUCGAGCCUCUGGUGCUUUCUCGGCUUCGGCCCCGUCUACCUGAGCAUGUCGGAGAUGGCCAGCAUGGCGCCCAUUGUGGGCGCCCAGUACCACUGGGUUUCCGAGUUUGCGCCGGAGCGCGCGCAAAAGAUAUUGUCCUACUUUACGGGUUGGAGCUCGACGCUGGCGUGGCAAGCCGGCAACGCCUGGGGCCUCAUCCUCAUCGGCACGCUCCUCCAGGCAAUCAUCAAGGUCAACAGUGAAGCGUACGCGGAAUCGGCACCGAACUGGCACGGCACAGUCAUAGUGAUUGGCAUCUCGAUAGUAGCCGUCGCUGCCAAUGUUUUUGGUGCCAAGUGGCUGCCGUACUGGCAAAACGCAGUAUUCGCGCUGCACAUUAUUGCCUAUGCUGGCUUCAUCAUCCCUAUCUGGGUGAACGCGCCAAGAGCAUCCCAUUCUCAGGUUUGGGGCAGCUGGGAGAAUCAUGGCGGCUGGAACAGCAUCGCCUUAUCCGCCAUGGUUGGCCAACUACCUGCACUUGCAAGCCAGACUGCUAUUGAUUCGGCAGUACACAUGGCGGAAGAAGUCCGCAACGCAUCCGUCUCUAUCCCUCGCGUCAUGAUGGCCACCUGGUUGUUCAACUACGUCACAAUCUUCAUUGCGCUCGUGACGAUUGCUUACCACAUGCCGGACAUUGGCCUUGCCCUCGACGACACCACGGGCUAUCCAGUCAUCUUCGUCCUCCGACAAUCCAUGCCACUGCCGUGGCUCAACGUGGUGCUCGCCGUCAUUCUGCUGCUUCUCAUCUUUGGAAACUUGUCGUACCUCGCAUCCGUGACUCGCGACAUCUUUGCGUUUGCCCGAGAUCAAGGUCUUCCGUUUUCCGACUGGAUCGGCAAAGUCGACCCGAAGCGGCGCAUUCCCACCAAUGCGUGCAUCGUGACCGGCGCGACCACGGCGCUGUUCAGUCUCAUCUACAUCGGCAGCCCCGUGGCCUUUUAUGCCGUGAUUUCGCUGAGCACAGUCGCCAUCCUGCAGUGCUACUGUUUGAGUAUUGGCUGUCUCCUGUGGCGGCGUAUCGCUUUCCCAGAAACACUGCCGCCCGCGAAAUUCUCUUUAGGGGUCUGGGGCAUUCCCAUGAACAUCGUCGCCGUAGUUUUCUCAUUUUAUAGCUUCUUCUGGUGUUUUUGGCCACAGGAGAAUCCCGUCACAGCCGCGGGGUUCAACUGGGCGUCGCCGCUUUUCGUCGCCACCGGCAUAAUUGCAUUCGCAUACUAUUUUCUGGGCGGUCGCAGAAAGUAUCACGGCCCUGUGGUCUAUAUUGAAGGACGCCAAGUGCGUCGUGAUUAG